UGGUGGGCGAAGGUUGUGCGGAUACUUGCUGGAGUCUAGAUCACUGGAUGGGUGUGUUACUGCUAAUGCUAGACUUCACGCGUGAAAUUGUGUAGUGGUUCCUUGAAUAGUGAGAAAUACUUAUAGUGAUGAACUGAUUGUGACGAAAAAUAUUUCGUAAAAGAAUAUUCAAUCUCAUGAAAAUUAUGUAAUGAGGUCUCGAUGCUUCUGAGUUGCUGCCAAACUUGCUAGUUUCCUCCGCUCGCUGCCGCUUCCCUCUUGUCCGCCUUCCACCACAUCCUCAUCAUGACCGGGGAAGCCUCGAAGCGCAGUUCGUCUUCCCCCAAGUCCUGCAAGGAGGAGCAGAAGCGCUGGUGGAGGUGCCAUCGUCGCCUCCACCUCACGGGAGGAGGCGUGUGGUGUUUGUGGUACAGCGUAGUGGUCGCAGCGUUGACGGGGUACCUCGUGUACCGAAGCGUACGGCGCUUCUUGGCGGCGGCUUCCUUACCUUGGCCCGAGGACGAGGCGCCUUAUGUCGCCCUUAACGCCUAUGUGGGGCUCGUGGGCGCCUCGGUGGUCGUGACGCCAUUCUUACUCCUCACGUCGCUCCACAAAGUCGGCAACUUCGCAAACGAUGGAUUUCAGCUGGGACGCUCGCUCUCCACCUGCUCUAACGACCCGCCUGUGCUGCCCAUGCCCACUCCUGGGCUCGUCAGCUGCCUCAUGUACAGCUGCCUCAUGUGCAGCUGCCUCAUGUGCAGCUGCCUCAUGUGCAGCUGCCUCAUGUGCAGCUGCCUCAUGUACAACUGCGUCAUGUGCACUUUGACGUGUCGACACGUCAAGGCGCAGCGUGCGAAGUUCCACGGACGCCUGACACGUCAUUAA